GCAUCCUCUGCGACGUACCGCGACGGGUCGAAGCCUUGUCAAGACGGCUCGCUUGCGCCACAGGCUUUGGCUAAAUCAUAUCGUCCAAUAAUCUGGCUGAUGAAGGUGGCCAGAUGAGAGACGGGCAGUUUACUGAACAUGUGGGCGUGGGGGCACAGACGUGAAUCCAGUAAGGUGACAGCCAGCCUGUAACCCUCGACUUCAGGGUCAAAGCCGCCAUAGUCCGGCAGUCAAUGCCUACCGUCUCACACAUCUCGCAACUCCAACAUGUCCGCGACAUUGCAAGACGGCUAUCGAUGGGCGCGCAUCACGCCUGAUGACCGCAGUGGGAUCUUGUACAUUGUCACACUCCUCGCCUUCACUUAUACUAGCCUUACGUUUCUCACACGACUGUUCAUCAGAUGGCGCAUGCUGGGACUGGAUGAUGCAGCGAUGCUGAUUGCGCAGAUUGCCAGCGUUGUACAGUUCUCACUACUUCUUGCUUCCCUGUCAGCCGGACUGGCACGAUCAUCCGCAUCCCUGACCAACGACCAAUACUCAUGGAUGGCCUCCACCUAUUCACGUGGUCAAGUGUUCAUCUACAUGUCCCUCGGCUUUUCGAAGACGGCUCUGAUACUGCUGGUACGACGACUCUUCAUGCGCGACAUGAAGCACGCUUGGGCAGUGUGCAAUGUAGCCACCGCGGUUAUCACAACGUGGACACUUGUAUCUGCGGUGCUAGUCUCGGCUGGCUGCACAAGUGAGAGCCUGUUACCAAGGAACUCCUCUGAAAUUUGCCAGGGUCUCGAAAUCCGCUACAUGGUCGUCGUAAUCAGUGACGGGAUAACCGACUUCAUGCUGGCCUUCAUCCCGACAUACCUGUGUCGGCGUCUUCAGAUGAACAUUGUGUUCAAGCUGCAGAUAUUGGGAGUGUUUGCGCUACGUCUACCGCUGAUCAUCCUCGCUGGCCUGUUCUACAAAACCUGGAGUAGCUCGAUACACGGUGAAAACCCCAGUGUCGAGCGCACGACAGCAUUGAUCUAUCAGCAAUCACAGCUCUGCUUCUCGUUGAUAGCCGCAACGAUACCGUGUCUAAAGUCGUUCAUCCAAAGCUUUGACACCGGUAGCGGCCAGAAAGCGGGUGUUGGAUACUCGACCCAUUCCAGCGGCUAUGGACACGUGUCGAGUAUACAUCACAGCAUUCCACAGUUCGAUGAAGGUGAAAGCAUUCCGUUGUCUCGGUUUGACCGUAGCGAGGGCGGUCCAUCACGGCUGCGAGGAGGAGCCGGCGAAGGCGCUGUCAGGGUCAAUAGGAAACCAUACGUUGUGGAGAGUACUUUUGGCACGGAUGAUGGCAGCGGGGAGCUAGAUCGAAGGAGUACACAGGAAUCUGAUCGGAAGAGUCAGCACAGUACCCAAGAGCUUUUUAUUAGGAAGGAUGUACAGUUUGAAGUGAAGCAUGAACCUGUAAAAAAAGGGACCGAUACACAUCGGCCUGGCCUACUUCGCUUGCCUAAGUAGUCGUAUCGAGUCAUGAUACUGAGUCGUUAGCUAUGCGGCGUCGCAAAGAAUGUAUACGAUCGAGCAAGG